GUACGUCAUUUUGUUGACUGUUCACUGUUGUAUAUCUUCUAAACUGAUUGGAAAUAGAGAAAUUGAAAAACUGUAGGGUGUGUAAACAUAGAUUUUCUUUUAAACCUCUCUGAUUUUAUACAUAAAUUUGAUUUGGCAUCUUGUUUCAACAACUAAGAAUACUUAUUAACUUGCUCCAGUAUUACUUCUAUAUAAAAAAUAGUUGUGUUGAGUUUUCUGAAAGUUUCUGGUGGUCCUAGCAUCUGAUCAAGAUUUUUAAUUAGGCACUACUCACGCAAUCAUGGCAUUCGCAGGACUUAAAAAACAGAUCAACAAAGCUAAUCAGUAUGUCACAGAGAAAAUGGGAGGUGCUGAAGGCACAAAACUGGAUUUGGAUUUUAUGGAAAUGGAAAGGAAAACAGACGUAACAUGCGAACUAGUGGAGGAGUUACAAACUAAGACCAAGGAGUUCCUACAACCAAACCCAACAGCCCGAGCCAAGAUGGCGGCUGUAAAGGGUAUCAGCAAACUGAGUGGGCAGGCCAAGAGUAACACCUACCCACAACCUGAAGGUGUGCUUGGUGACUGUAUGCUCAUGUAUGGAAAGAAACUGGGAGAGGACACCGUCUUUUCACAAUGUAUGAUCGAGAUGGGCGAAGCUCUCAAACAAAUGGCUGAUGUGAAGUACUCCCUGGAUGACAACAUUAAGCAGGGCUUCCUUGAACCCCUACACCAUCUGCAGACCAAAGAUCUUAAGGAAGUCAUGCAUCACCGUAAGAAACUUCAAGGGCGAAGGCUAGAUUUUGACUGCAAGAGACGAAGACAGGCUAAAGGUGUCCGGAUAGGUCCUUACGCAAGUCCGAGUCACGGGAGAAGUGGUUCUCACAUUCCAGACGACGAGAUCCGUCAGGCUGAAGACAAGUUUGCAGAGUCCCUUAGCCUCGCACAAAUUGGCAUGUUUAACCUUCUCGACAAUGAUGUGGAGCAAGUGGCUCAGCUAUCGUUCUUCGCAGAAGGUCUUCUUGAAUACCACCAGCAAUGCACGGAGAUUCUCAAAGGACUUGUAUCUACGCUUAUGGAGAAAAAAGAAGAGGCGAUAAGCCGACCCAAGUUGGAGUUCGUGCCGAAGACCCUCGCCGACCUUAACAUUGAGGGCAUCAACGAGCUGAACCACGGUAAACGCUACGGCUCGGUCCACAGUCUUACCCGCUCCAAUAAAGCCUCCUCCUUAGCCGACCUUUCCUCCCUCGACAGAGCUUGGGACUCCCAGAUCCCCAAACCUAUAGGGUUCAAGCCCCAUCCGGCACCCAGAAUUGUGAACGGAAGAGAUCCCUGGACAGCGUCACCAUUGCCAUCUCCCGUGAAAUCGCCUGCGCGGACGCCGAGCGUGCAACAAAAGGCAUGCUGUACCGCCCUCUAUGACUUUGAUCCCGAAAACCAAGGAGAACUUGGAUUCAAGGAAAAUGACGUUAUCACCCUGAUCAAUAAAGUUGAUGACAAUUGGUUCGAAGGCAGCAUCAAUGGGAAAACUGGUUACUUCCCCAUCAGCUACGUUCAAGUCACUGUUCCCCUACCUAACAUGUAAUUCACUUUAUUAACAUGCAACACGCCAUUCUUUUAGAUUAAUACAAGAAAAGCGUACAACGCAGUAUAAGAACUUGUGUAAAAAAUUACUUGACUUAAUACAAUACAGUUUAAAAUAUAGCUACACAGUACACAUAUAUAGAACCAAUAAAUUUAUUUUUGCUAUUGUCGCAAAGCAUAUGUUUGCGAUAAGAUAAUAUUGAAAUUAAUGGGAAAAACGUGAUCGAGAUGUAUACAUAUAUUAAAAAUAUUUUACGCCUUUUUGUCAAUUAUUACAAAUAUUAUUUAACCUAACCAAAGAUUAAUUUUUCAGCUAUAUUUUUAUAUGUAGCCUAAGCCUAAAGAAUGGCUGUGUUGCAUCAAGUCUCAGUAUUACAGUAGGCAAUUUAUUCGCAGAUAAAUUGUGUCUAAAGCUCAAUAAUUAAAAUGUUAAUAACCUGAUCAAAUCUUCAUUAUGUUAAUUUUCGGUCUUCCAUUUGUUUCGGUAAUUCAAAUAUUUCCAUUACAAUUAUGCCAAAUAGAACCCAACGAAAUAUUGCAGCUAGUUUUUUAAUUUUAGACCAAAACAUUUUUGAAUGAAUGUUAAAUGCAUAAUAAAUGAGAUUAAAUGAAAGUGUAUAUUUAAAAACAUUCCUGUUUGUGUAGCGUAUUUUAAUUUUAUAAAUAAUUUUCUUGUAACUACGAACUAUUUUAGUUACGCUUUGGAAAUCCGACAGGUGAUAUUUUUGUGGAAUUAAAUUUUAUAUUUUGUAGACAUAUUCUAGAAAUGAAAUUGCCAUUUCCUCCAUUAAUAUAGAUUGUCACGUAUUAAUAGGUUUGAUUAGAUUGCAUAGAUUAUAUUGCGGAUAAUUAUUUGACAGAAACGUAUACAAGUAUAUACACAAAGCAUUGUGGGGACGUAAGUUGUUGAAUCUUGCCAAAUAUUUGUGGCUAUUCGAUGUUCGAUGUUUAUGAUAAAUGUAUUAUGAAAUGAUGUUAUUGUGAUAAUAUUAAUAAUCAUGCAUUUUGCGCUAUGUCGUGUACGGUCAAUUUUUUAUGUUUCGUUUUAUGACAAUUGACAUAAUCAUAGAGAAAUUAAAUCCAAUAUGUGGCCUCUAAAUAGUUGUUGUACUUUUAAUGCAUGCAUUUCACUCAGAAUUUCACGAUAUUUAUUGGUGUUAAUGUGAUGUUAUAAUCAUAAUUCAUAAAUCAUUCACAUGAAUUUGACCCCAUACUUCUGGCAUAUAAAAGACAAUACCUAGAUCUAAUGUUAGGUGUAUGUAAGUUCUAAUCGUUCUACCUUCAAGUGUCUAUUAUAAGUAUUUUGAGCAAAUAAUAAAUUAAAAUUGGUGUUAAUGUAAUCGGUGUACGGCCGACAGACGUGUUUAAAUGUUUCUUCAACACGCUAAUAUCGUUGAUCCUUCCACGUGGUGAGUUUCGGAUCCCUCAAUAUAUAAAACCCUAACAAACUACAAAUAACUGGGUGCCUAUAUUGCAGAGACGGUUAUAUUUUUAAAUGUGCUAUGUAUAUUGGGUGCAUGCACUCGGUGCGAGUUGGUAACUGUUUCGUAAAUGUAUUCUUGUUCAUGUUACUGUAAUAUUAAAUCUAAUUGAUAGAUACUUGACAAUUUACGAGAUAUUUGUUUAUAUUAAAAAAAUAUCCUGAACUUUAUGCUCGUUUCGCCUCCUAAUAAAAUGUUAACUGAA